CUCCGUCUUCACCCACUUAAAUGGCGGCCGGCGAUGGGCGAAGUGUUUGAUGAAGAGCUGGUGUUGGAGAACUCUCCUUUGUACCAAUACCUACACGAUGUGGGGCAUACAGACUUUGAAACCUGUCCAAGUUCGUCAUGGGUGGAGGAAUGCUCACCAAGUGAAUUGGAUAUCCCUGUUGUACCAAAAAGGAGCUUCUUGUCAAAGUUUGUUGAUGUUAUUCAAACAUGGAAUCCAUUCUCUGAAACUAAGAGAAGGAAAGAUUUGGAAUCUCUGGAUAUGGAUUUUCAACUGAGCGCUCUGAGCACCAUCCUGGAGCAGGAAGUGCUUUUGCAGGAGGAUAUGGAGCUGAUUGAACUGUUGGACCCCAGCAUCCUGCGCUCGACACAGGCCCAGCAACAGAGAGGUGGCCAUCAGCCAGCACGCUGCUUGUCCGGAACUCCCAGCAUUUGGGAUCUUUCCACAUUGGCUGCAUUUGCUAGUGUCUUCAUCGUGACCUCCAACCUGAAUGAUGCUUUUGCUUGGGUCGUGGUAGGAAUGUUUGGGCUCGGUCUUUAUUUGGUUUUUAGAGGCUUUGGUUUCUGGAAGAGCGCCAGGCUUCAGCAAUCCAUAAAAAAAUACAGCAAAUGUCUCUCAAAUCUGGUGACAAAUAGCCGAGCCUUCGACAGUCUUGUACGAAAAUCCCUGCGACAGAUUCAGGAGGUAGAGGUCAUUUCAAGGGGAUUCAUGCUGGUGACGGCUGCAUAUCCUGCAAGUAAACUCGGGAGUUCCCGGCAACAGCAAGGGCAGCAGCUAAUUGGCCUUAGGAAAGCAGUGUACAAUGCAGUGAAGUCCACCUAUCGAGCUUCUCGUCUGGCCACUUGCUAUCUGCUGAAGUGCUAUCCUUUGAACGCUGAGAUUGAUAAUGUGACAAACUAUCUGUGUGCAAUCCCAUUAAGUGAACUGGGGUUGGGAUUGAAUGAGGAUGCUCUGUCUGACGAAGAGGCUCAGGAACUUACUGAUGGCUACAGUCUUGGGCCGUUAAAGAUACUCUUUCAGCUGUGUGUCGGCCAAAGCUCGGAGUUCUUCAGACGCUUGAUUUUACUAUUGUCUCCAGUUCAAACUGCACACAAGUCUCGUGUUUCUCCUGGAAAUUUGGCGCAUCAGAUUGUCACAGAAGUAAUCAACAGUCUUUCUCAUAAUGUCACUGCUCGCCUUGAAGAGUUGAAGCGGAGCUAUGAACUGCACAGAUACUUGCAGCACCAACCUAACUUAAAAACCCCAAAGAGGACCAGCCAACAAUCAAGUAAGCUGAAGAAUAUUUAUGCUGUCGUUCGUAGUCUGCAGCUCCACCUUAAGGUGCUACUAACUGAGGUUAUUACUUUAGAAGAUCAUCUAGAGAAGCUCCACGAAUCCAGAGAGCAGCAAGAAAUAAUGCCUGACGUGUACCGUGAUCUAGAUCAGAAACUCAAAUUGAUCAAGCCACAUGUAGAAGCAACAAUGGGCUGUUGGGAAGAGGCAGGAAAUCUGGUGGAUAAACUAGAUAACUCUUCUAGGGGGCACAAAGGUGGACCAGGUGGACUGAACAAUAAUUUGCUUCCAGCCUCUCAAUCCUCAGAAAAAACAGUGGUGAAGAUCAAAGAUCAGGAUCCAGUCCCCGAAGAGCAGGAAUUUGAAGCUUACGUAGAAGAAUCUGACUCGGAUGGAGACUUCAGAAGCGGUUCUUAUUGCCGCUUGUCACCGGAAGAGCGAGAAAAGGAGAAGCGAGAGAGGGAGGAGUCCAGGAGAGUGCUUCAGGAACUGAAAAGUGUACUGGGAUUCAAGGCCUCUGAGUUGGAGAGGCAGAAGUGGAAGCAACUUCUUUUCAAUGACCAAGCUGCUCUGAAAGCCCUGCCAUCCGUGGAUGUGCCACUGCUGGUGGGAGAAGUGGUGGUGCCUAUAGACAUUGGAGCAAAUGACCUCCAGGGUUGUGAGGAGGACUUGCAGCAGAAAGACCUCGGUCAAUUAGACACCUCCCCUGAUGGCCAAGAAUGCUGCAGUGCUCUCGCAUUUGAAUCCACUGAUGCGCUUUCAAAUGAUACCACCUUUAGUAACGUUACCGGAAUGGGGGAUGCAGACGGCAGCUCAGCUCACUGCUCGGACCCCACAGAUAGAAAGCAAGAACAUUCCCAAUUGCCGCUUUGUGAACAGCAGCAGACGGCUGUAAGACGGAGACUCGCGGAAAGGCAUGGACCAUCCUCCCUGCACCUGACCUCUGCUCUGGCAGUACAGGCUGCUGCCCGCUCACUCACCUUUACCUGCUUUAAAGAACAAACCUUUGGAGAUGAUGAUGAUAGUGUUGAUGAUGAUGAUAGUGUUGAUGAAGAUGAUAACGUGAGCAAUGACCAGGGUGAGGAUGAAAGAGAAGAGCAGCACGAUGUCAGAAACUUUAGAAAGGGCACAACAUGUAAAGAUACUGAAAGUUUGAGCUCUGCACUGGGUAAACAAUAAAUAUAACAUAACAU